GGCGCGUCUCUGCUCUCGCCCGGUCAGAUGAAGCAUGCUUCCUUGGUGGUACCUCUUGCCCCUGGGGAUAGCUGCCCUUUUACUGCUGGGAGGCCGGGACUCCACCCCCGGUUCCUCAUGGCACCUCCUGCACCAUUUCUACCUAGGGGUAUCAGAAGAACACAUCCAGGGUCCGCCCAGGUUCACUCAGGUGGGGUAUGUGAACGACCAACUCAUCACUCGCUAUGACAGCAACACAAGGAAGGUUCGGCCUCAAGUCCGCUGGGUGGAGAAGGCGGCGGAUCCUCAGUUCUGGGAGUGGGAGACCCAUUUUGCUCAGGAGACUGAGGAGUUUUUCAGGCAGGAUUUCCUGACCCUGAAUAGCUGCUACAACCACAGUGGAGGACUUCAUACCUGGCAGUGCCUGGUUGGCUGUGAGCUGAGUAAAGAUGAGACACAGAAAGGAAGUUACAUGAAGUGCGGCUAUGACGGGAGGGACUUCAUCAGCCUGGACAAGGAGACCUUCACCUGGACAGCAACUGAUGAUGCAGCCCAAGACACCAAGAGGAAGUGGGAGUCCGACCCCGAUAUUGCUAAGAGAUGGAAAACCUACCUGGAGGAGAAAUGCAUUGAAAGCCUGCAAAAACACCUUGACUCUGGGAAGGAGACUCUGCUGAGGGCAGAGCCCCCGACAGUGAAGGUGACCUGCAAGGUAGGCCCUGAUGAUCUGGAGACCCUUGCCUGCCGAGCGUAUGGCUUCUAUCCCAAGGAUAUAGAUGCCACCUGGAGGAAGGACAAGGAAAUCUGGGAGCAGGAGACCUUCCGUGGGGCUGUGACUCCUAACUCAGAUGGGACCUACCACACCUGGCUCAGCAUUGAGAUUGACCCCAAGGAAAGGAACCUCUACCAGUGUCGUGUGGAACACGAUGGCCUUCCAGAGCCUCUGGAUUUGGCCUGGCAACAGCCUGCCUCGGUGCCUGUGGGAGUCAUUGUGGCUGUCGUCUUGGUGGUGGUGGUUGCCAUUCUACUCCUGGCUGGGAUCAUCGGCGUCAUUAAAGUCCUGAAUGCAUCUGUUGAGCUGUGUAUGAGCUUGUGCAAUAUUCUGUGUCGGGUGCUCUCCCUCCUGUUUCUGGCAUUGACACCUCAUGCCUCCCCUCGUAAAAACCCUGGUAGUUCCUACCUUCCCUAAUUGAAUUUUUGAAAUGUAUAUUAAAGCUGAACAAAACACAAACAUGUGCUUGAUAUUUCUGCUCUUUGUAAAACUCUCUGUAAAUGACAUUUUGGACACGGGCUGGCGUGGAGGAACGAGGCCUAGACCUCUUGAUUUUUGUAAAUAGGCCUUUGUAUUGUAAAUUGUAUUGAUCUGCACAAACAUCAUUAUUGUAAAUAGAAUGUACUCAUAAAGCUCUUCUUUUUGUAAAAUAGGAUUGUAUUUGUAACUUGCCUUACAAAGCUGGCAGGGUCAAGAGUUCAUGCCUGCUGUACUUUAGUUUCACUUUGAGAAUAGUUUGGUUUUAGAGAGAAGGGGAAUUUUGAAAAAUGGAGGGAACUUUGAGUUACACUAAUUGGGUUGUUUAAAAAACUGUUGGUGUAAAAUUGUGUGCGUGUGUACAUAAAUACAUGAGAGAGAGUCUUGCACAGUUGAGUUUGGAAACUUUGAACGGAAGGGUCCUGGAGACCAUAAAGAAGAAAGAGUUGAAGUGAAGCUGGAGUUUGGAGGGAGACUACAGAACUGAAGGAUUGCUGGCAAAGAGCUGUUAAAAUCACUGGCAGAGAGGUGUAAUCUCUGCAGAGCUGAAAUCACACAGAACAGGAAAAGCACAAAAUCUGGGGCAGAAUUAAAGGAAAAACCAGAAUGAUUAAAGCUUCUCAUUACUGAAAUCUGUCAGAGUAAUAAAAAUUAUGGUGUAAUCCA